CACACCGGAGGAGUAAGCGAGUCCUCCAUAUCUCGCCGAGAUAUCGUCCGGGUUCCGUGCUUCCACUCUACUGCGGACAAGGCUCUGAGCUUACACUUCAUAACAAACCUGUCGAUGCUUUUUUGACAGUCACCUCUACCAUUGACUCUUACACUCCAGACAAUGACAUCCAUCUGAUAUGCAAGACCACCUGCAAGACAACCAAGGCCAACACACUAAGGCUGACGUCAAACUGCUAUGUAGCCCGGUGAUAUCAAAUGGCGGUGUUGAGAUAUUGCUCCACUCUCAAACCUCUGGAAAUCCAAACUAGAGAAUUGGCUACACGUAGGGAUACAACAUGAUCCGAUGAGCCGCACUCCCUCAAGCUCUGGUCAUCCAGGAGUCCGCUCUAAAAACCGCCACCUCAUUUAGUUGAAGUGGCAGUCAUCCUCAUCAUGCAGGGGAAGUACAUGCAUAUCCCUCCCGCGUCACAUCGUCUAUAUGCUGGAGAGUUGGUGUACCGAAUUCCAGCUGCAUCAGUGCUGACGGGCAAGCUGAUGAAAAUGCUAUAAGUAUCUUGGUUUUCAGUGGCAGCUUCUCCUCCAUGAAAGGUCCAAUCCACAACUCUCUUUUGAUAUCAAACCACAUUCAUCAGUGAUUAGCAACCCAACAAACUCUGUCAAUAUGCUGUUUUCCUCAGCCGUGAUCAAGUAUGCCGCCCUUCUUAUGACCACCGGUGCCGUUGCACUGCCGGCGACCAUCCCGGGGUUUGAGGCUGGGGUCCGCACUAUUUGCUUCGAUGAAACUCCCAACAUGCAUUGCUACUCAGGAGAGAACGACAUCCCCCAGGAUGUCGACCCAAAGGAUGUCAGCUUCAUAGCAAGCUAUCUUCGCGCCUAUGGUCGACAGACUAGAAUUGGUAGAUUGUUCACCAUGAAGGCGGCCGAUGCGCCUGACUGUGGAGAAUGGAUUCUGUAUGCGCGUGGCACAGCAGCAGCUUACGCCAAAAAGACCAACCUGACAUACGACUCCUCGGUCCUCUUUUCCGAUAUUGCAGACACCAUCGAUGGUGGUAAGAAGCCGGAGGCUGACAGCAUCCUCAAGUGUCAAGCGGAUGGCGGUUCCUUUGGUACGCAGAUUGCAGAUGUAGCUGCUCCGGCCUACAUGACUCAGGAAUAUAUUGAUGCAGGCUUCAAGCCUGACGGUAUUCUCAUAAAGAUCAUGUACUGCGCCAAUGAACUUGCGUUUGACUGGCAACGUAUAAAUUUCGAGGGUUUCCAAUUCCGUCCUGUAUCCUUCGUGCGAAAAUCCAAUAUGAAUCCAUUCACUGUGCGACACGCUUUUCGCAGACUCCAUGCAGCAAACCACUUUGUUUCAAAUAAUAUCCCGCGACGAUACGCGCACUCUACUGCUACAUUCAAUUGGCAAGACCCGCUCGGCACGACAAAUUUAUAUACUGAAGACGAACUAGCUAUCCAAGACACUGCGAGGCAAUAUUGUCAGGAGAGGCUGGCACCCAGGAUCCUAGAGGCAUACCGAAAUGAAAACUAUGACAAAGAAAUCAUCCGGGAGAUGGGCGAGCUCGGUCUCCUCGGAGCCACUAUCGACGGAUAUGGGUGUGCUGGUGUCAGCACCGUGGCCUCCGGCCUUAUUACAAAGGAAGUCGAAAGGGUAGACUCCGGCUACCGAUCCGGCAUGUCUGUCCAAAGCUCACUGAUCAUGACAGGCAUAUACAAAUUUGGCACUCAGGCGCAGAAAGACAAAUACCUCCCUGAUCUUGCCAAGGGGAAGAAAUUGGGCUGCUUCGGAUUGACUGAGCCAAACCACGGCUCAGACCCGAGCUCGAUGGAGUCAGUCGCCAAACCGCAUCCGACCAAAAAGGGCUAUUACUCAAUUUCAGGUUCGAAGACAUGGAUCACAAACUCUCCGAUUUCCGACUAUUUCCUAGUUUGGGCCAAGCUCGAAACCACUGGCAAGAUCAAGGGCUUUAUCAUCGAGCGAGACCAGUGUCCACCUGGUACACUAGAGACACCCGCGAUCAAAAAUAAGACCGCCCUCCGCGCGUCCAUCACUGGUAUGAUUCAAUUGGACUCCUGUCCUGUUCCUGAAGCCAACAUGUUCCCCGAUGUCGAAGGGCUCGUGGGGCCCUUUACGUGUCUGAAUAGCGCAAGGUUGGGAAUUGCGUUUGGGACCAUGGGUGCUCUGGAGGACUGCAUUGAUAGAGCACGCACGUAUGCUCUGGAACGCAAACAGUUUAAAGGAAACCCGCUAGCCAAGUACCAACUCGUGCAAAAGAAGCUUGCAGAUGCCGCAACGGAUGCGGCUUACGGCACUUUGGCGGCGGUUCAAGUUGCUAGGCUUAAUGACGAGGGAAAGUCUGUACCCGAGAUGAUUUCCAUAAUCAAGAGACAGAAUUGCGAUCGUGCGUUAGUGGGAGCAAGAACCCUGCAGGAAAUCUUUGGCGGUAAUGCCGCCAGUGACGAAUACCAUAUCGGCCGUCAUGUAGCAAACCUAUUCGUUACCCAAACAUAUGAAGGGCAGAGUGAUAUACACAGUUUAAUUAUUGGCCGUGCUAUGACUGGUGUUCAAGCGUUUGUUUGA